AUGACUACUACUACUUCUACUCCCUCAUCCAUAACCUUCCCCUCAGCAACACACACCCUCUCCGGGCACCUCUACCGCCCCCAAACGGGCAAAAGCAGCAGCAGCAUCACCGCAGGCAUAGUCAUCUCGCACCCCAUGACGGGGGUAAAAGAGCAAACCGCCGCCCUCUACGCCCGCCACCUCAGCGCCGCAGGCUUCACAACCUUAACCUUCGACGCAGCCUACCAAGGCGCCAGCACCGGCCAGCCGCGCGGGCUUGAGGAUCCCUUCCAGCGCGUCGAGGACAUCAAGGCGGCAGUCACGUACCUCUCCACCGCCGUGUGCGGAGUGGACAGUUCGCGGAUUGGAGUGUUGGGAAUCUGCGCGUCGGGUGGAUAUGCAUGCUUCGCUGCGGCGAGUGAUGUACGAAUCAGGGCCGUGGCGACGGUGUCGGGGGCCUGUGUGGGAAAGAUGAGUAGGUGCGGUGGGGUGCAAAAGGAGUUGAGGGAGAAUGAGGAGGUAAUUGGGGCUGUGUUGGGGGGUGCGGCGGGGGAUAGGAAUAAGAUUAAUCAUGGGGAGGAGGAGGAGAUGGCGCCGAAGAUGUUUGAUGCGGAGAAGGUGUUGCAGGAGGGAGGAAACGUGGAUUCGUUUUUCAGGGCAGCGGCGGAGUAUUAUGGGACUACGCAAAGAGGGAAGCAUGAGCGCUCGACGCAGAGGGUGCCGUUGGAGAGUUAUGAUCGGAUGGUGGUGUACGAUUCGUUUGCGUUUAUGAGGUUGAUUGCGCCGCGGCCGGUGUUGAUGAUUGCGGGUGCGGAGGCGGAGACGCUGCAUUAUAGUGAGGAGGCGGUGCAGUUGGCGAGGGAGCCCAAGGAACUGUUUGUUGUGCAGGGGAAGAAUCACUUUGAUUUGUAUGAUCAGUUGGAGGAGUCGGGGCCUAAGCUGGUGCAGUUUUUCACUGGGAAUUUGGCGUGA